AGCCCACGCUCUGCACCUCUUUCUAAAACGCGUACUUUUUACGGACCUGGCAACCCCCGCACCGGUCAGACGACAGGACGCAGACUCAAACUAAUGGCGGACGAAGUUGAGCAGCAACCGACGACCAACACGGUUGAGGAGCCACUGGAUCUGAUCAGACUCAGUCUAGAUGAGAGGAUCUACGUCAAGAUGAGGAAUGACCGGGAGCUCCGUGGUAGACUGCAUGCCUACGAUCAGCACCUGAACAUGAUCCUGGGUGACGUGGAGGAGACAGUGACGACGGUGGAGAUCGAUGAGGAGACUUAUGAAGAACUCUAUAAGUCGACCAAGAGGAACAUCCCCAUGCUGUUUGUCAGAGGAGACGGCGUUGUCCUCGUAGCUCCGCCCCUCAGGGUGGGCUAAGCCUGGCCUCUUCCUGGUGUGAAGGAGCGUUUGUGGCAGCUGGGAGGUUUCUAACCCCGAUGGGAGAGGGUGGUGCUGUCAUGACAGGCUGAAAACGGGUUGGGUUCAAACAUCUUCAGCACCCUCAGGUCAGACUCUUUGUCAACACCGUCCCCUUUUUACGUAACAUUCAUGACCUGAAGGUCAGAUACUUCACCGAUUCUCAACUUCCUCCAGUGCAGCUGCAACGUUAUAAAACAUGUUUUGACUCGAGGAAAGAAAGAGGACUUUUGUUUUGGGGAAUGAGGGCCUAUUUAUUUUGUUUUUAUUUGGGCAAAUUAUCAAAUUGAUUUUGGGAUUCUGGGUGAUUUCAGGCCAACACUCGAGCUCUGUUUCCAGGAUAUUUGAUUUGACCGUUAACGACCCCCACUGUUUCAAGCCAGAAACCUUUGUUAUUUUCAAUCACCUCAAAUGACCUCUUAGUAUCCCCUGCCUCUACCAUCACCAGACCAAGUUACAAAUGUCUCAUCAUGGUGUUUAAGUAGCUGAACUGCUCCAGAUGUGUGUAUGUAAACUUGUUUUGUCCGAUUGGUCGAGUGUAAAUCACAAGUAUUACCAGACAACAGACUGAGCACAGGGAAUCAUGUGAUUUUUGGAUGAAGUGAAACUUUUAUGUUGGUUCGAAGCAGAAAUCUUGUUUUUACUCCAAACCCAUGAUCUGUGAAUAUUUGGGAAGUUUCUUCGGGACGGUUUUAGUUUUUGUUUUUUUUAUAUAUAUUUUUGUAGUGUUUGUGGGACGUGGGAGUCGUGCUCAUCGUGCUCAGAUGUGUCAACAUUUGUUCUCAUUUGGUUUUGGUAACUUGAAUAAAAAAGCUAAUUUGAAAAAUAAA